GGUGUACGUGGGGUUACUCUUUCUUUCAAGCUAAUGUAAAAAGUUUUAAAUUUAAAUCUCCAGACCACCUGAAGGUGUGAAAUAGGUCCAACAUUUCUAGUGUCAGACCUUAAACACACAGUUUAUGACAUGCCUUUCAAAGCUGGGCAAAUGUGGGCUGCUGUUUAUAGAAAGGAUAAAGAUAAAAUCAAGUUAAUAACUAAUGGUUUGGGGAAAGGGACGUUACCAAAGGAGAGGGGAAAAAAGUGUAUGUAAAUUACCUAGGACUGAAGAUUCAGGGUAAAUUUUCAUAGUCGUUUAUGGUCUGAAACAUUUGAACAGAGAUGGCUUUACCGUCUUUACAGAAAUGCAGUGUAUACAAACACAAAAAACAUGAUGUUUCUCAACAGCCGUUAUACUGGUGGGUCUCACAUGUUUUCUUUCUUACAGAUUCCGUCUAUUUUGGAUUAGCUUGCCUCAAGUUUUAAUCUUCUGCAGAGCUGUACCAAAGAGUCAGAGCCUGUCUAGAGAGGGAAAUCCAUGAAGUUUUAAAUUAACUCGUGAUCAUUUUGGAACGCUGCAGUCAAGAUGGCUAUGACAAAACUCUAUAAAACAGGGGAUGAAAGCAACUAUACAACGAACUGCUUCCCCGCCAGGAACAUUUUACGUGCAAGUAAAGAAGGUGACACUUUGAGCACUGCUGGGCGCUGGGUGCUGGCACACAGAGCUACCCCAAGGGCUUGGACUGAGAAAGGGACCACCGGGAAGACACCACAGCAGAGGAGAAACCGCCCACAUUCUGCCUCUGUAAAAGAAAAGAAUGAAAACAAUGUCCUAGAUGAGCCAUUUCUAAUGAAGCACCACCAUUUGAAGAACCCAUCUGACCUUUGCUUUGUGAACAUAAGCAGCCAAAAUCUGGUCUUGGCUAAAGAAGAAGAUUUUGAGAAAUUUGAUUGUGUUGCUUUUAUAAAUGCUGCUGAGAACCUGCUGACACUAGAGCCAUUUCGGAAGUUUCCAGGACUGCGGGAACUGGAACUUUCCUUGAAUGGACUAAGAAAUCUGAAAAUCAGCGCUGGAGACUUCCUGCGUUUGGAACGUCUGGAUCUCUCAUACAAUAAUUUGUCCUCCCAAGACAUUUGGACAUUGGGAGAUUUGUCCCAGCUCAAAGUUCUUCGCUUGACGGGCAACAGGCUUCGGUCUCUGCCUCCGGACCUGGCAGGCUCAUGGAACUCUGCUCAUUCAAGGUUUACGUCUCUGGAGGUCUUGUCGCUGGAUGACAAUCGCCUGUCAGACCCAAGUGUCUUUGUGAGCCUGUCUCAUCUGUGCAGCCUGAGGGAGCUGAACCUGGACAGGAACAGGAUUUCGGCUGUCCCCUACCUGCACCAAGCAGAAAGCAGGCAGUUCUUUCUCCACCCGGCGCUGGAUGGCGGCAGCUUCAGGGCAGAGUGGUACAAAUCCCUGAGCAGUCUCUGGCAGCAGCCCCGGCCACCGCAGCAGGAGGACACGGAGGUGCCAGCAGAGCUGGAAGUGAAGAAAGGACAGCUUGGAUCUGUCAUAUCACAGAACGACACAGAUCCAGACAGGACAGAGCUUGUUUGGAAUUCUGACUCUCCGGAAUGCCUGGCGCCGGUUGCUCCUAGGGAAGGAGACCAAACUGCUUCUAAGACUUUGCCGGCUCCUGCCACACACAGGGGCGUUUGUGCUCCUUUUCCUCAGCUGAAGCACCUCAGCUUGGCCUUCAACAAGAUCGCAGAUGAGACAGCUCUCUUACCCGUGGCUUUCUUCCCGUGCCUGAAGGAGCUGACGUUUCACAACAACCCUCUUACCACCACCCGGAGAGGGCAGCCUCCUCUGCUGACCCGGCUCCUCCAGCACAAUCUGGGGAUUAAACUUGUCCGACAGAAGAGCGUAGCCACGAGGAGGGGACACUUCUCCAUCCCUCUCAAAGCCAGCCGCAAGGUCACGUUGCAUCUCCCCAAAGUCACGAAACGGCCGCUGAUGCUGGAAGCUCCUGUCAAGACCUUUCUGUGCAAACCGCUCCCAGCUGCGAUGGAGACUGCAAGAGAUGCUGCAGCUUCCAGUCCGACCCGGCUGCUGUCCCCCAUCAGCUCCACAACCCCAAGUGGCAGACAGCAGAUGACACUGGAGGAAGAGGAAGGUGACUCCAGGCCUUCUCCUGGCCCAGCUGAGGAGGACGUUGCGUCUUUCUUCAUGACACAGGUGGAGGAUGUGGCCACAUCCCUGCCCAGACCCAUGGCAGAGGGCAGGCCGGAGAAGACGAGUGAGCGGAGUGAGGAUGGAAGCUCCCAGGUGGUUCCAGAGCGAUACAAAGGCUACGAGGAGCUGCUUGGUGGGGACACAGACCCAGAUUUUAUUGAGCCAGUUGGGAUACAGAAGAACGUGCAAGCGCUGUACUACAUCCUGAAGCAUCCCCUCGUUUACCGGGACGCCAAGCCACGACUGGACAGUGUACAAAAGCCCUACGUGCCUCAGAAAAAGCGUGGGAGGAUGCCGGGCCCUCCUGCCCGACAGACGAGAGCAGAGGUCCUGGAAGGAAUCCUGACGGCCAUGGGAAACACCUCGACCUUCACUGAAGUCCCCUUGGCGUCUGUUUUGCAAAAGAAGAAAUCCAGCCCCAGGGCGUACCGGGAGGCUCGGAGGCUGAUGAGGGAAUUCCAGGAGAUGUUCCAGAUCCCCCCGGCAACCAUCGGCGAGAAGGCAGCUGAGCCGUCGGAUGAGGAACAGGUGUUGGUGACAAGAUUCAGCUUUUCAGGCAGUAUCUUCCAGCUUGAAAGCACCGAUACCUGAAAACAACGUGUGCUCGCUGUUGUGCUCUGCAGUUCCUGGAAAAUCCCAUCCCUGCGCAAAAACCACCUUGUCGGAAAAACUGCUGCGGUUUUGGGGGAUUGGAAGAGGAUGGGGAGCACUGUGACUGCCCUGUCCAGUGAUGAGCACGGCUUGUGAUGGGGUUUAUACAAGUAGGGCUUGCGGGUGAGCAGCAGCGUCAUCGUUAACGACAAAUUAAUAGGAGCGCCCCAGUUUGCUCAGCCCUUGCGUGCUGUCCCAGCAUCGCUCUGUCCUGCAGCCAAGAGCUGGGAAAAUCCGUCUCAUGGCGGGGAAACACGUCCCGCCGCAGGUACGUGCCCAACCAGCCGCACCCCAAUGUGCUCAGGGAGCUGAACUGCGCACAAAAUAGUUACUAAAAACCUAGAUCCUUCCUAAAAACAGCUGGGUCCGUGCAACCAGAGGGGUCGGGCCAAGCGAUGGGGAUGCUCGCUGCCCACUGGCCACUCACCUACAUGAAAAAUAUGUCAUUAUACCCUUCUUUUUUUUUCCCCACAAAUACAUAAAUAACUCAGCAACUGCAAAAACACUGUCAGAACCUGGUUUUAUUCUGUUUUAACCUCGGCCUUGGUCCUGCCGCUCAAGUCCUCGUUGCUGUUAAAACGUAACACGUUCUUUGUACACAGUUGGCAUGUUUCUGGUUUGUGACAAUAUAUAUAUAUUUUUUUUCACAAGCAGGAUUUACUCUGUUUCCAAAUAACAGAAGCCACAACAUGACAGACGCCUGCAUGUCAUUUUUACCCACACAUUUUACACAUGCAAGUCCACAGUCCUUCAGGAACUUCCAUCGCUUUUUAAAAAACAUUCAGAUGAAGCCACGGUGGUUCAGCUGAGACCCAAAAUGACCAUUAAAAGUCCUUUUUCCCCACCCCAGUGCUCUGCUGGCGAGCUGAGAAUACGAAAGCACGACGAUUUAAAGCAUUAUCGGAAAAAAAGAGUGUAGCAACAUCUAGAUUUUAAACAGUUUGGACAGUGAACACCAAGGAAACUCGGCGCACGCAGACCCCCCCUUUGUAACCAGCUGAAGGUUUUUCCAUUUGCAUAGUGAAGAGCGAAUUCUCGAGCUGAUGUUCACGGUGUUUUACAGAAAGGUUCGUGUCGGACACGUGGGGAUCAUCCCAGCUUUUGUGUUGCGGUUCGAACCGGUGUCACGUCCCCGUUUUGCGAGGACACGCGAGAUCGUCACGUCCAACAGGCGUUGAUUUUCAUCCCGGGUGUCCAAACAGGUGAGAGGCGCCGGGCUUUUUGUCAAACGCUUCUCCCACCACAUGGGACGAGCUCCUUGUCAACCUUUCGGACGCUGAGGAGGUGUCGCGGGGCUGUUGGAGGGUCCCUGGGUCCAUCCUCGGAGCGUUGCUAAAGGCUUGUUUUAAAAAUCAGUCUGUUAAGGCUUCAGUUUUCACUGAGAAAAUACAAAGAAGCGCUUGUUCAAGCUACACUUCAUGACUACUGUGCGCUGCAUGUACAAGAGCAUCGGAAGAAGAAAAUACUGACAGUAUAGAACAACAUUAUACAAUCAUCUGGCAUGAUCCCUUCUUUUGGCACUUUUUCCUUCAUUUAUCUCAUCUCGCUGACUCCAAACGCGGACUCUUCCGUAACGGCUUUACCCGGCCAGAGAGAUCCGGAGGGUCAGAAAACAACUUUCCCGAGUCGGUGGCAUCUUUGGCAGACACGGUCCUUCCGUCGUCAACCCAACCUCAGCCCCAUGGGUAAGUGCAACCGCAUUUUUACUUUGCUCGGAAGACAAGACAGCUUCACAUUUUGGGAGGAUGCUUGCCCGCCCGCGCUGUCCCGCUUUCAUCCCCGAGCGACGGCGGCCGCAGAAAGGAGGAGGGUUAGAAAUGACUUUUGUCCGAGCGUAAAUAAAUACGUGGUUUCAUCUCAAGAGCCUCUGCAGAUCCACCCUUCAGCAAGAGGUAUUUUACUUCUCGGCUGGCGUGAUUUGUGGUGAAAGGCAGCAUCAUCCCUCACCUUUAAAGAGUGGAGGCUGGGAAUUCCUGCUCUUUUACAAGUGUAAUUAUAUACAAUUAUGUUUUUGUGCAAGCUCACACAAACGUAGAGUGCUAAAUUAAUAAAAACAUUCAUCCUA